CUUCACACUCUCUCUCCGCCUCUCAGUCUCUACUACCGCUUCAUCCAUUCCCAGACGUCCGAUUUCAAUCGGAAUGGCCGCGACGCCGUGAAUCACCACGACGGAGAUUCCAGAAUGUUCGAACGGCUCGUCACUCAGGUCCUUCACGGCUACCUAGGUCGCUACGUCAAGGAUUUUCACAAGCACCAGCUCAAGAUCACCAUCUGGAACGAGGAAGUGUUCUUGGAGAACGUGGAGCUUAGUCUCGAAGCCUUUGAUUAUCUCCAGUUGCCUUUCGCUCUCAAACAAGGUCGGAUUGGAAAAAUAAGCAUCAAAAUUCCAUGGAAAAAGCUUGGUUGGGAGCCCUUUGUAAUUAGUUUGGAAAAUGUCUUCCUAUGUGCAUCCCAGAGAGAUGAUGAAGAGUGGAGUUUGGAUGAAGUUGAAAAACGAGAGUUUGCUGGAAAAAAGGCCAAACUUGCCGCUGCAGAGCUGGCCAAAUUAUCAAAACGUGUAUGCGAAAAUCAAGCUGGGUUUAUAUCAAUAAUUACUGUGAAGAUUAUUGACAGCAUCCAAGUGUCAAUCAGAGAUUUUCAUAUCUUGUACCAUGACAAGCUGAGUGGCUCGGUAUGUAAUAUUUUUGGUUUGAAGUUUUCCAGCUUGAGGACUAUGAAGCAAAAUCCUUCCUGGUCAGUUGCAAAGGGAAGAGGGGCCCAAGUUAACAAAACUGUGGAGAUUAUGGGUUUGGAGUUUUAUUGUGGCACACAUGAUGGGCCGGUGGAGUUGAUGAAUAUGAACAAUAGCGGGGACUCCACAGUAUGGCAAGAUACAAGAUAUGAUGAGAAAAGAUAUAACAACUCUAUACUGUCACCAUGUGAUGUUUCCAUGUCACUUUUGGUCAACAGAUCAGGAGAGCUUGGUAGCAAAAUUCCGCAGUACUCCGUCACCGCUGAGAUAACUGACUUGGUGAUGUCCAUAGAUGAGGUUCAGUUGCAACAGAUAUUGUUUCUUUGGGAUUAUUUCUGUACAUGUGAAUUAAGAAAUACGUAUGGGCGUUACCGUCCCUGGAGUAGUCCGUUAUCAAAAAAGGUGAAGGGUUGGCAAAUGUUGUGGUGGCAUUAUGCGCAAGAAUCUAUCUUAUCAGAUGUGCGGAAGAGAUUAAAGAAAACAUCGUGGAGACACUUUGGACAGAGAUUAAGCUCUUGUCGGAAGUAUGUUAACCUUUAUAAAACUAAGCUGGAUUUUCUUCGCCAUGAUCAGCCAAUUGAUGAAAGUACUCGAUGGGAAUUGGAGCAGAUGGAGAAAGAAUUAGACAUAGAUGAUAUUUUAAGUUACAGGUCCGCUGCAGAAUGUGAGUUGCAGGAGAUGUUGGUGAACACUUCAACUGGAAAAUCCCGUGGAUGGCUGAACUGGCUAUCUCUUGGUAUGCUUGGUGCUGGAGGAACAGAGAAUACGGAUCAAUUUUCUGGGGCUGUUUCUCUUUCUGAUGCAGCUAUUAAGGAUAUAUAUGAGGCAACCGAGUUCAAUCCUCCUAUUUUAUCCAAUGGGGUUGCUCCAACAAAUGAUGAGAUUGAUAUAUGUGCACUCCAGUUCAACAUUAAUCGGAUUUCUGCAACACUACGUAACAUGAAGUAUGGCCAAGAAAUUGCAGAGUUGAUGUUGAAUGGGGUGACUGUAGAGUGCAAAUUUAGGGAAGAAUCUGCAGCCAUUGUCGCCAUUGUGAAGUCAGGGGAGAUGGUUUAUCCUUGUAACAAGAAAAUCAUUCUGCAUUUGCAAGGGCUCGAAGAGCAGUGGUCAUUGACCGAGAGACUCAAGUACCUUUAUGAAGUUAAUUUUAGUAGAGGAUCAGUUCCUGUGAUCAAGUACCUUUAUGAAGUUAAUUUUAGUAGAGGAUCAGUUCCUGUGAUUGACCUUCUUUAUUUUCAGCCUAAUAAUGAGACGAACGAAGUGGAAAACGAGAAUCCUUCCUUUAGAUUGCAGGUGGAUGUAUCAUCUGAUCUCGAGGCUGAAUUGUCCAUUAAGGGGAUGCUUCAACCAUUAGAAGUCACCAUUGAUGCAGAAUUUUUCUUAAAGUUGAUGGAUUUUCUUGGAGCGUUAAAAACCAUUGAAAGUCAGCAUGGAAGGGUCCUUAUGUCACUAAAUGGGAUAGAAAAUGUCAAUGGUCGACUGCUAUCAAAAGCUGAAUACAUUUUAUCACGUCAUAGGAAAGUGGUGUGGGAUGUUACUAUUUUCAAUAUCGUCAUAAAUGUUCCUUGGAGAGAUUCAACGUCCGAUCCACAUAACUUGGUUUUGGAAGCAGGCUCUCUUCUUUUCAGGACUAAAUGUGAUCUAAGAUCUAAGCCAUCAGAUUUCGAGGAGCAAUUUUAUACACUGAAAAACUUCUUAACUUCAGUUUCCAGCUGUAAUAUUUCUCCUUGUGUCCAAAUUCAAGAUCUCUAUGAUCACUAUGAGGUGAAGUUAAAUGAAUUUGAGUUGAAGGUAAUGAUACCUUCUCAUUCUUUUCCAAUUUCUAUCUUGGAGAAAGUUAGUGCUUCUGUCUCCUUUGCAUUUUGCUUGAUCCAAGAUGAGUCAAUACUGAAACAGUUGGAGGCUUGUGUCAUUGUAUCAUCACUUCAUGCUCAUUUUUCUCCAUCAAUAUAUGCUGCCAUUCUGGGAUUGAUAGCAUAUCUAGGUGCUCUGCAAUUGAAGUUUGAUUCUCUACCCUUGGAAACUAUUGAUUCGCUUGAUGCCACGUCAAAUGGAUUAGGGACCCCUGUUUUUGGUUUCUCUACCAAUAUCAAACUGGAGACAGUGAAGAUUGAAGUUGAACUGGAAAAUGAGCAAGAAAACAGCUCGUCAAUCAUGCUUAAAUUCCAACAAUUGGACAUCGGCUAUUCUCUUUCACAAAUUGAGGAAUGCUGGAUCAUAGUGAACGCAUUUAGUAUCACCACUUAUGAACUGGCUAGUAGAAGUGAUAGUCGGAUUUUGUAUUCAUCUGGAAAUCAGUCAUCUACUAAUGCUUUACCUCCACAUGGGAUCGGGGUUGACAAUACAAAUGAUUCUUUUGCCAAAAACGCUGAAAAUAAUCAAGCAUGCUUUACUUUACAUUAUGAAUCUCAUCUGAAGGAGCCAGUUCAUCACAAAUGUAGAAUAUGCUUGAAUAACGGCGAUCUCCAUUGCUACCCAUAUGUUAUCCGGCUUCUGGUUGCAUUUUUUGAUAGACUUUCUGCAUAUGGUUCAUCUAAUCCUGGUAAGAACACCUCGAGCUCAUCUGUGGACGCUAGGUAUCCAAACAGUGUUCUAGGUUUUGGGUUUCAAAGGUUUGGUUUCUCCAACUUUGUAGAAAUUGGGUCGUCUGAGUAUGCAAGCAUACCUGUAGAUCGUUUUCCAUUUGUUAUGCUAUCCAGUGCUGGUUCCCUUGGUAACCUUGAAAGUUCUUUGGUUUAUGCCAGUCCUGAAUGGAGAAAAUAUUUCAACGUAAAGGAGGUAUCUAAAACGUUUCAUGACCCAGCAUUGAAGUUCCGAUCUGCUGUUGAAGCUUCUGCUGUGUUUGGGACUUCUGCUACCACUAGUAGUCCUCUUGUAAUUGAUGUCAAUCUCUGUGGAUUAAAAGUGCAUUUUCAUGAUUCCAAAUGCGUUGUUGGAACGAUUACCGUGCCUAGGUGCAACUCUUCAGUAUCAAUUUAUGAAAACUGCUUCGAUGUAUUGUGUUCGUCUGAGGGGUUAGUUCUCAGCUCAUCUUGGUCAUCACAGAAUUUACGCGAGUUUCUGUGGGGGCCCUCAAUAUCGAAUAUCUCUCCUAUUCUAAACGUACGUGUGAGGAAAGAAUGUGGACCAUUGAGUUCACGUGUUGAACUAUGCUUCAGCGUGCAGCAUGUAUAUUGCAUUUUACCUCCUGAAUAUCUGGCCAUAAUAAUUGGUUACUUCUCCUUGUCUGAUUGGAGUUCCGAUUCUAAUGACCAGCUUGUCACCACAGGGCAUGAAGAUACUGAAAGUGAUAACGAAUGUUCCUUUGUUUACAAGAUUGAGAUACUGGACUCUGUUUUGAUUGUGCCUGUGGAAAGCAAUGACGGACAAUUUCUAAAGUGUGAACUUGAGCAGUUCUACUGUACAUUUAUUCAAAGUAGUUUAAAUAAUGUACUGAAGGACAUUCCUCAUGAAUGUUGGGUCUCCACUGAUAAACUUGCAAAGAGGAACCAUUCUUUAAAUCUAUUUGGACGGGACCUGUUUCUUUCAUUGCUAUCUUUCAAGGACAACCAAUACAGUUCCUCUAUAAAUGUUCCGUUAAUUGGUCCUCUUUGUGCUGACAUAUGGGUGGAAAUACCUUGUGAAAACGAAUCCUCAUGUCAAAGUUCCCCCUCGAACACUUGUGUCAUGAUCAGAGUUGGAAACUGUCAGCUUAAGCCCGAAGAUGAUCACUUUUUUCAGGGAUUUCAGGGGCUAACUGAUAUCAUAAAUCAAUUUUCCAUAGUUUCUGAUCUAUCCGAAUGUUUCAAGACUGAUGUUCUACAGUUUCUUCAAUCAAAAAGGUGCCUAGCACAGAAUAAUGAAGAUCCACCUGUACUGUCAAGCGUUAAUUAUACCGAAGUUAGAUGCUAUGUCAAUUCAUUGUCGAUACAGUUGAAUCCAUGCCAAAGAAACUCUGAAGACCCUAUCGCUACUGCUGAAAUGAAAUUAGUUUGCUCGGCAUCGUUGAGAAAUGACACUCUGUUAAGUGUUGCUAUAAUUUUUUCUUCCCUAGAAUUAAGUUCAUUACCUAAUUCUGUUGUAUUAGCAAGAUGCAAGUCCACUAGCACAACCUCGUCGGUUCUUGAAUUUUCUCUUACCAAAGAAAAAGACGGUGUAAAUGAAGUUCGUGUUUCUUUGCCUUCUGUUGAAGUGUGGUUACAUAUGUCUUACUGGACUGAGGUGAUUGAAUUUUUCAAAUCUUACGCUGGACAAUCAUCCACAAGUUUGCCAGACAACUCAGAGCAGGACACUGAUGCCCUCAUCGUGAGGUCAGAUAAUAUUUUUAUUACAUUGCACUUUCCUGUUUGGAAUUGUGGCCGAGCAUUUGGGGAAUAUCAGGGAGAGGAUUGCCAUGGAUGUGGCUCUACGAAUGAUUUAUCUGACAUAGUUGAAGCAAAAGCCUUUAGGUCCAUUGCAGUUACUUUGUGUAGUAGAAGUAGUGAACUUUUUGUUGAUGGAACGAAUGUGAAAGUGAAGUCUGACAUAGAAAAAGUAGAGGGCAUGGUAUGGGUUAGCCAGAAUGAAAGUGUUCAAUCUACGCCCUUUUUCCAAAUAUCUCAGGUGCUCUUGGUAGCUGACAUUAAUAACCAGGAGCUUGUGCAUGUUGAAGGAGAUGUUCAAUGUGAUCAUUUAGAUGUAUGGAUUUCACACAGCAUUCUCUACUUCUGGCAUGGUGUACAAUUUAGUGUUGCUGAAGGAGGGCAUUCCCAUUUAUCUUUUGGUAGAAUCGAUGUUGGAGUCCAUAUUAGGAAGGUUUCUUUUCUGCUAAGCGAUGGAAGGUGGAGUUGUAGUGGACCCCUGUUUCAGAUUCUUAUGGGGAACGUCCCCUUGCAUGUUAUUGCGACUGAAAAUAACAUUGAAUGUUUAGUUUCUGGUGACCUUCAAGUGAACUACAAUAACAUUCACAAGGUGUUCUGGGAGCCAUUUAUUGAGCCUUGGCAAUUUGAGGUCAAUGUGAUUAGAAAACAAGAGAUGAGUCUCAGCAGCUCCAAUUUGACAGACAUCCAUCUCAAAUCAUCUGGACACCUCAAUGUGAACUUCACUGAAUCCCUCAUAGAGUGUCUCUUCAGGACAGUUGAGAUGAUCAAGGAUGCGUGUGUUCUAUUGAGUCCAAAUGAUCUUCCUGAAAGCCAAAAAUUAUUAAAUUCCCCAUUUCCUGAGUACACAUAUGCAGGAAAACAUGCUCCUUAUGUACUUCAAAACAUGACAUCGCUGCCUCUAGCAUAUCAUGUUUAUCAAGGCCCAAUUAGUCCUGAUGAGUUUGAUUCCUCAGAAAUGAAUAAAAAAUUUGUGCAACCAGGUUCUUUGAUUCCAAUAUAUAUCAAUGAUACUCCUGGGAAACAACUUAUUCAUGUUAAGCCAGCACACUUUCCCGAAAGAAUUUUUGAUCAGAAGGCAAAUGGGGUUCGUCAUCAGUAUAUUAGCAUUCAACUUGAUGGAACAUCAGUGCCUUCAGAACCGAUUUCAAUGGAUCUUGUAGGACUUACCUACUUUGAGGUUGAUUUUUCUAUGUCAUACAAUGACAAUAUGGAAAACCAUAGAUCAAAUGCCACUGCUGGUUUUGUUGUUCCUGUCAUAUUUGAUGUUUCGGUGCAGCGGUACAGCAAAUUAAUCCGAUUGUACUCAACGGUUAUACUUUCAAAUGCGACUUCAAUGCCUUUGGAACUGCGAUUUGAUAUUCCAUUUGGUGUGGCCCCAAAGAUCUUAGAUCCAAUAUAUCCUGGUCAAGAGCUACCGCUGCCUCUGCACUUGGCUGAAGCUGGUAGGAUUAGAUGGCGUCCAAUUGGAUAUUCUCAUCUCUGGAGUGAAGUUUACAAUCUCUCAAACCUGCUUUCGCAAGAGGGAAAAAUUGGAUUUCUCAAGUCUUUUGCUUGCUAUCCAGCCCAUCCGAAUAGUGAUCCAUUUCGCUGUUGUAUCUCAGUAAGAAACGUCAGUAUACCUUCUCCUGUUAGGUCAAGAAAGAGUUCAUUAAAGCAAUCAGUUGCAAAUGGUGGUCAAAUAUUGCACAAGGAUGAGGCAAAAAAGCAGUUUAUUCACCAAGUAGUCCUCAGUAUCCCUUUAGUAGUGAAUAACUAUCUUCCUGAUGCAGUGACAUUGACGAUAGAAAGUGGUGGGCUUACCCAAACUGCAUUUCUUUCAGAGGUGGAAACUUCUUUUCAUAAUGUUGAUCCUUCUCAUCAGCUGAAAUUGGAGAUCCAUAUUAAUGGCUUUAAAACGGCUAUUUUGGAUUUUCCACGUACUGAAAUAUUCUGUAAAAAAGCCAAGUUUGGUGGAACGAAGUUUUCACUUUCUGAAGUUGUGCCGUUCGACAGAGACUCGACAAAUGGUCCAGUGUAUGUCACAGUGGAAAAGGUGAUGGAUGCAUUUUCUGGAGCCAGGGAACUCUUUAUCUCUGUUCCCUUUCUGUUAUAUAAUUGCACGGGUUUUCCACUGUUUAUUUCUGAAUCUGCCAGUGACAUGAAAGGAGUUAGCUGCAUUGUGCCUUCUUGUUAUGAUAUGGAUGAACAAGAAGUAUUUCAGGGAAACAAGGAUGGUCUUGGUCUGGUAUCUUCUAGCUAUAAUCCUAAUGCUAGAGAGUCGCAUACAAUUGGAAGUUCUUCAUCAAGUUCGACCAGUCAGUUGGCCUCAAAAGAUUUAAACUCUAGUGGAUAUGAGCGUGGAAGAGUGAGGGCAUGCAUGUUCUCUCCUAAUCAGUUUUCCUCUGCUGGUGAAGUAAUGGUUAGAGUGAGUAGGUGUAUGCCUGAAUAUGUAAGAGAUAAGAUGCCAAAUUCUCUAUGGUCAAGUUCAUUUUCCCUUAUUCCACCUAGUGGUUCAACUACUGUCCUUGUUCCCCAACCGUCAACAAAUCAGGCUUUUAUGAUGUCCAUUACGUCCAGUGCAGUGGCCGCACCAUUUGCUGGGAGGACAAGUGCAAUUACCUUCCAACCUAGUAAGAACAUAUGUUAUAAGCAGAAAGGAACCGAAUUUUCUUUUCAAUUGGGUACAGGGGAACAUUCUCAUCUUCACUGGAUGGAUACAACCAGGGAGUUACUCGUCUCCAUUCGUUAUAAUGAGCCUGGAUGGCAAUGGUCAGGUGGCUUCUUGCCAGACCAUCUCGGUGACACUCAAGUGAAAAUGCGAAAUUAUCUCUCUGGUUCCUUAAAUAUGAUACGGGUUGAAGUGCAAAAUGCUGAUGUAUCUUUGGGAGAUGAAACGAUUGUUGGAAACUUCCAUGGAAAUUCUGGGACCAACUUGAUUCUUAUUUCAGAUGAUGAGACUGGGUAUAUGCCCUACAGGGUUGAUAAUUUUUCGAAUGAGAGGCUAAGGAUCUACCAACAAAAGUGUGAAACCUUUGAAACUAUUGUUCAGUCUUACACUUCUUGCCCUUAUGCCUGGGAUGAACCAUGCUAUCCGCAUCGUCUAACUGUGGAGGUACCGGGUAAGCGUGUUUUAGGGUCAUAUGCUCUUGAUGAUGUAAAACAAUACAGUCCGGUGCAAUUACCAUCAUCUCCCGAGAAACCUGAGAGAACAUUGCAUAUAUCUAUCCAUGUUGAGGGAGCAACAAAGGUCCUGUGUGUUAUAGAUUCAAGUUACCAUGUUUUGAAUGACAACAAGAGUCUACCUCACUCAAAAAACAAAGGGAAACAUGAACAGAAACAGGACAAGUUUUUUGGUUAUAUGGAAAGAUUUUCAUUUUUUAUUCAAGAGAUUGGUAUCUCUUUGAUCAAUAUACACCCUCAGGAGUUGCUUUUCAUAUGUGCAAAGAACAUUACAGCUGAUCUGGUACAGAGUUUGGAUCAACAAAAACUUUCAUUCCAAAUCGAAUCAUUGCAAAUCGAUAAUCAGCUUCGAUCUUCCCCAUAUCCUGUUAUGUUGUCUUUUGAUCGUGAGUACAAAAGCAAUCCAGCUGGCCAUGUGAUUAGGGAGGAUGACAUGAAACCAAGUGAAAGGAUAUUGCAAAGACCUUCUCACAAUUUUGAACCUAUAUUCUGCCUAACUGUAUCCAAGUGGAGGAAGAAAGAUGUCUCAUUGGUUUCAUUUGAAUACAUAAGCUUAAGGGUUGCAGAUGUUUGUCUUGAGCUUGAACAAGAAUUGAUAUUAAGCCUAUUUGGAUUCAUUAGAAAUGUAUCUUCAAGGUUCCAGAGUGGAGUCUUGCCAUUAUCAGAUCCGUUCCUGCACCCUCCUAAUGAUGCUGGUUCAAUGGAUUCAUAUGCAACUGAUAACCAACUACACUUAAUGAAUGUUCCUCUGUUUACUGAAAUCCAUAGGCAGAGACUCUCACUGCCUUCAAUAGUUCCCAUUGGAGCUCCUUGGCAGCAAAUUUACCUUUUGGCUAGAAGACAGAAAAAGAUAUAUGUAGAAAUGUUUGAAUUGUCCCCCAUCAAGUUGACCUUAAGCUUUUCCAGCACUCCAUGGAUGCUUAGAAAUGGGAUUCUUGCAGCAGGAGAAUCUGUUAUCCAUAGAGGUCUGAUGGCUCUUGCUGAUGUGGAGGGUGCUCGAAUUCAUCUGAAACAGUUAACAAUUGCACAUCAAAUUGCUAGCUUGGAGUCUCUACAGGAGAUCCUUUUGAGGCAUUAUACUCGGCAACUUCUUCAUGAGAUGUAUAAGGUGUUUGGUUCAGCCGGUGUAAUUGGCAAUCCCAUGGGAUUUGCAAGGAGUUUAGGGCUUGGCAUUAGAGACUUCUUGUCAGUGCCUGCCAGAAGCAUUUUUCAGAGCCCUACUGGGUUAAUUACUGGCAUGGCACAAGGCACGACUAGUCUCCUAAGCAAUACUGUCUAUGCUAUAAGUGAUGCUGCCACCCAAUUCAGUAAAGCUGCACACAAGGGAAUUGUGGCAUUUACGUUUGAUGACCAAGCAGUUUCAGAAGUACAACAGCAACAGACUGGUAUAACAUCUCACUCUAAAGGUGUCAUCAAUGAAGUACUUGAGGGACUCACAGGUCUUCUUCAAUCACCGAUCAAUGGAGCUGAGAAACAUGGUCUUCCUGGUGUGCUCUCAGGCAUAGCUUUAGGCCUUACAGGACUUGUGGCCAAACCGGCUGCUAGUAUUCUUGAAGUUACUGGAAAAACUGCGCAGAGCAUUAGAAACCGAAGUAGGAUCUAUCAAACGAGACAACAGCGCUUUAGAGUCCGUCUUCCAAGGCCUCUAAGCCAAGAAUAUCCCUUAAGACCUUACUGUUGGGAAGAAGCUGUUGGAGCAUCAGUACUUGUUGAGGCAGAUGGUAAUUUGAGGCUCAAGGAUGAAAUAUUUGUGACAUGCAAGAAGCUUAAAGAAGCUGGUAAAUUUGUCAUCAUCACAGGGAGACUGGUUUUGAUUGUAAGCUGCUCAAGUUUGGUGGACUUGGGUAAGCCUGAAUUUCGUGGUGUUCCUUCUGAUCUCGAAUGGGUGAUAGAAUCAGAAAUUCAUUUGGAGAGUGUGAUACAUGCUGACUGUGAUCAAGGAGUAGUGCAUAUAGUCGGCAGCAGCUCAAAUACGCCUUUGCGCCAAAACCAGCUAGCCAAAAGAAGCAGUGGAACAAGGGCGGUGCGUUGGAACAAUCCUACUGUUCCCCUCAUUCAAACUAACUUAGAACUAGAACACAAAGAUGCGGAAAACUUGUUACAGGUUUUGUCUUCUACAAUUGAACUGGGAAAAGACCAAGGUUGGGGUUGUAGGAAUAUUCUGCACCGAAGUAAUAUCAAAUAGUUCAGAGAUCGUUGAAGCUUCGUCGAUAUCCGGUUCAUGAUUUAGUAUGUUAGGCAAUGGAGUAGGGUAAUAUCAACACGUAUGGUUUUACAGUCUUGGAAGGAAUGGAUUUCUAGACAGCAUUGUGUCAUUCGUGUGCUCCUAGAAGCCUAUCAGUAAGCCCAUCCCCUUUGGAGUUGCUUGUACAGAUGUGAUUCACAUAGUCGUAAAUACUAGAAAACUAGUUACUGAAGCCAGAAGCUAUCUGUACAGUUUUAAGCUGUAGGUUAUUGGCCCAAAAGAUGUAGGUUAGCUUUCAGUUCCUGAUCUGGGAAUUUCUUGUUCUGUUGUUCAUAUACAACUUGUAAAUAACUACAAUACUGAACUUUUUAAUGCGCAACCAACACACACAGAGUGUAAUUUUGUAGCACAGGUCAAGAGCCGAGUUACUGUAAUGCCUUGAAUUUAACUCUUUAACUUGGACACGCGUGUACUGCAUACAAUGCAAAACUUCGUUCAUGAUCCGACGGUGUGCCAGUUAAAAGUAGUAUUUACUGUUCAUUAUAGUGGCUUAAGCGCGGUAUCAAGGUUCAACGUGUAAUUUGUUGAUAUUGAGAAGAGCACCUAAGGUCAUUUAAAAAGUUUUAUUAAACUUGCGUGAAAAAAA